UUCCAAAUAAAAAAAUAAAAAAUUACUUCUAGGAAGUAGGAAGUGUUCAUUGAAGAAAAAAAAAAGUGUCUCGAGAGAGAGAGAGAGAAUGGAAGAAAGAAGUUCAAUGAAGAUGAGUCCAGGUGGGAAAGAGAAGAACCUCUUUCAUGUAGUUGACAAGGUUUGUCCUGGUGAUGAUCAUUACGCUCGAGCCAAGCAUGCUCAGAUAGUUGAAAAGAAUCCAGAAGCAGCAAUAGUUUUAUUUUGGAAGGCUAUAAAUGCAGGAGAUAGAGUGGACAGUGCCCUUAAAGACAUGGCUGUGGUAAUGAAGCAAUUGGAUAGGACUGAAGAGGCCAUUGAAGCUAUCAAGUCUUUUAGGGGCCUCUGCCCUAAACAAGCUCAAGAAUCACUUGAUAAUCUCCUCAUUGACUUAUACAAGAAAUGUGGAAAAGUAGAUGAAGAAAUAAAGCUGUUGAAGCAGAAGCUUAGGUUGAUUUAUCAAGGAGAGGUCUUCAAUGGAAAACUCACAAAAAUUGCACGCUCUCGUGGCAAGAAGUUUCAGGUCUCCAUCAAACAAGAAACAGCUAGGAUACUGGGGAACUUGGGGUGGGCCUACAUUCAGAAAGCAAACUUCUUGGCAGCAGAGGUGGUGUAUCGAAAAGCCCAAAUGAUUUAUCCUGAUGCAAACAAGGCCUGUAACCUGGGCCUUUGCCUAAUGAAACAGGCCCGGCACGAAGAGGCACGUUCAGUUCUUGAACAAGUAUUGCAAGGUAAACUUCCAGGAGCCGGUGAUAUCAAGUCAAGAAACCGAGCUGAGGACUUGUGGAGAGAACUGGGGUCAUGGGAACCUCCACCUCUAUCCUCGAAUCCUCCGAGCCUCGGUCUGGAAGACGAUGAUUUUGCUGAUGGGCUUGAGAGAUUGAUAAACGAAUGGGCCCCCAAUAGAUCUGGAAGGCUUCCCAUCUUUGAAGAGAUCUCUAGAUUUAGAGACCAGUUGGACUGUUAAAUCCAUUUUUUUUUUAAGUUAUAGCUGUUUAUCAGUUGGGUUGUAGAGUUUGUGAAUUUGGGUAGGAGGUUGGGAUUGAAAAAAUAGAUUAUUCAUAUUAGAUUUGCAAAAAUAAAGGGCUUGUUGCAAGUACAUGGGAUUUCGGACUUCUUGGGUAAGCACUCGAUUCCCUAAGGUAUUAUGUGUUCGUCUUCAUGAUCGAUAUCAGUUUUGUUUUAACUACUUGUCUUUUAAAUUUACUAGUUUAUGCACACGUACGUUAUACGUGGAUCAAUUUGAC